GAGUUUGUAGCUUAUGAAUAAUGACUUCAUAUAUGCUUGUGCGGACAGGUAACAACAGUGCAUGUGUGGUUUAAUGCUCAAAAUAGAAUGGAAUGAGGAAAAUGAAAUAUCCUUGCAGGCAGUUAAACAGGAAAAUUAAGACUAAUUUCUUUCGUAUUCGACGGCAACACUCGAUGAACAACGUACUUUAAGAGAUACUAGUUUAAAAAUGUGCACAUAAUUUUCUAAAACACGAGAGACUGAAAGAAUGCAGGGCAUAUGGAUAGAAUUAUCAUGUUACUUGUACUUUUACCUCCAACAUCUGCUUCAAAUGGUCCAGGCCACUCUUUGUGGUUGCUUUCCACUUACAUUCAAGGAGAAACACAAUUUCCUGAAUUUAGUUACACAACAACUUUGGAUGACAUCACAGUUGGAUACUAUAAGUCAGGGACGUAUUUUCCAAGAGGAAAUACGACGAAUGAGGAUGAUGUGGUUAAUUCAGAUUACAUAAAGGGUAUAAGUGACUACAUGUAUAACUCCUUUUUGAGAAGAGCUGCACUGUUAAGGCAAGACAGCCAAAAUGACAGUCUUGAUGUUUAUCAGACACUGGUUGUGUGUGAGCUGCUGGACUUCAACAAUACUGGAAAGAUGCUUACAAAAGAUGCGGCCAGAGGCUGUACCACAGAUGAGAUCUGUUACUUUAACAACAAGUUUACUUAUAAAGUGAUUUUAAAUAUUUCACAAGAUGUGCUCAAACCUCAUUUAGAAGAAUUCAAACUAAAAUAUAUACAGUUCUAUUUACCAGUUUGUAUAAGUACUCUCAAGAAUUACCUAAAAAAGAGACAAAAUGAAGUACAUAAAAAGGCAGAUCCAAAAAUCACAUUUUUUCAGAAAGAAAACUCAGGAGGGUUUCGUGUGAGUUGUUUGGCAACAGGAUUUUACCCUCGUCACAUCAACCUGACCCUGUUCAGAGAUGGACAGCCUGUAUCUGAUCAUGAGAUCACUGGAGGAGAUCUGCUGCCCAAUGGUGACGGGACGUACCAGAUGAGGAAGAGUCUGGAGAUCAGUGCAGACACACACAGAUACAGCUGCUCUGCCACACACCUCAGUCUGGACAAGACACUGAUCAUUGAUUUAGGUAAUGAGCUUUUUCAGAAAUGGAAAGUAUCAGAUAAAAUCUUAAUGUUUUGA